AUGGCAGAAAGAACAAUGAAAAGGCCAGAAAAUUAUGCUCAAAAUGACAAGCCUAGUAGACCUCAAGACCGCUUAAGCUUGCCUGGACCUGCUUAUACUUACCUAUACUGCUCCAAACUUGAGGACGACUGGCGCAGGCAGACACCACGCUAUACCAUAGCACCCCCAGCACUCAAGAUCUCAAUAUCAUUAGAGAAGUGGGACGAUUGGACCAUGCUACCACCUAGGAAAGUUGAAUGUGAGCAUAUUGAUUCAAAGUCAAUGCUCAUGUUCAUCAAGAUAUGGGACAAAAAGCUUACUUACUCUGGAGAUCGGUACGACAUCUUGGACGAUAAAGUACGCGCAUUCUUGAGAGCGUGUAAGCUCUCUAGCAUCUUAAUUAGUUAA